AUUUCAAUUAUCGAAUUUUUUUAUCCCCACACACACAGAACAAAAAUACCAUGCCUGCACCACUUAUAUCACCAGCAGAAAAGAAGUACGUUGAACUCGGUAUUGAGCAAGAUUGUCGUGCUGAUGGCAGAGCUCGUCUUGAAUACCGUCAUGUCGUAAUGGAGACAGGUCUCUUAUCUCAAGCAAGUGGUAGUGCUCGUUGUCGUUUAGGCGAUAGUGACGUCCUUGUUGGUGUGAAAGUUGAAAUUGGUGAAGUAGAACAAAGCAAACCUAAUCAAGGUCGUGUUGUUUGCAACGUCGAAUGUUCACCAAGCGCAUCACAACAAUUUGAAGGACGUGGAGCUGACGAAAUCAACAACACAUUGACUUUAGCUAUUGAUAGACUUUUAAACGGACCUCAAAGUGGUUUAGAUCUUGAAAAUUUAUGCAUCAUUCCUAAUCAGCAAUGUUGGGUCAUUUAUAUCGAUGCCAUGGUAAUGGAUGCAGCAGGAAAUCUUUUAGAUUGUAUUGUUAUGACCACACGUGCUGCACUUUACAACACACGUAUUCCAAAGACGGAAAUCCAAGAUUUAGGUGAUGGCGAUUUCGAGUUUGAAGUGGUGGACGAUGUUGAGGAUGCUGAACCCAUCAAGGGCUGGGAGAAUUUACCUAUUUCUGUCACAUUAUACAAGAUUGCUGAACGUUACAUUAUCGAUCCUACUGUUCUUGAGGAAUUAUGUUCGAGUGUUACUUUGACUGUUGGUGUUAACAAGGACGGCCUUGUUUGCGGUAUUCAAAAGGGCGCUACUGGAAGCAUUGAUCCAAGUUUAUUGACAGAGAUGAUUCAGACUGCUACAACCUUGGCAAAACCCCUGAUAGAACAAUUAGAUAAUAAGCUUUUGGAAGAGGAUAAAUCUGUACAGGAAAAGAGAAGACAAGGUCAGCAUGUCGAGAAACUUGGUUUUUUUGCUGCUGUCAUCUAAAAGAGAAGGGUUUCAUUUUGUUUAUACUCAAUUUUUUUUUUAUUUUUUUUUUUAAAAAUCGUAACAUCACAUAUAAUUGUAUACUUGAUAAAAAAUAAAAAAAUAAAUUAUGUUAC